GCAAAGACAAAUCGCACUUUUUCGUGAGCAAAAUGGAUAGGGAAGAAAGUCAAGUCCCGCAUGUUGAUGCCAGUGAUGAGGAGGGCCGCAAGGAGCGGUCUUAUUUGGCCUCAGCUCAUAAUCCCGCAAACACUGAUGCUGGACGCCUUCACGCGGCUUUCAAGCUCGCAGAGAUUCAUGAAAAACGCACUGGCGAAAAAAUCGAUCCGUACAAAGAAGCUGAAAUUGGCAAGCACAGACAGGAAGAAAGAAUGAAGCAUAGCGGUGAGGAAGCAGGCGGAACGCACCACGCUGCACAAAGUCACAGCAGGGGGGAAGCAGAGGAUGAACCUUCCCGACGUUACAAAUCAUUGUAA